AUGUUGUGUAGAAUCCAAAUACAAGUGUUCUUGAGCAAACAAAAUGAGCCAAGCAAGUUUCUGGAUUUGAUGUUGUUCGUCAAUCGAUCCCCUGACCCAAUGGCCGAAUUUCAAUCAGCAAUGGGCAUCCCAUCCACAUCAAGCCUUCUAGAUAUCUUUAUUCAUUUACCUUCGCCUCAUAUAGACCAUCACAUAUCAGAUUGGUGCAAGAAUCCCGAUAUCUUGGGUUUUCUGAAUGAAGACAUACAAGUUGAAAUACCCGGCAUGAAAACGAAGUUAUAUACCUAUCAAAAGCACUCUUUAUGGAAGAUAUUGCAGCGAGAGUUAGCUCCUUCUACAGUGGAGCCCUAUGAAGUCGUCAGAUUAAUAGCCACGGAUAAUUCAUAUUACUAUUUUAACCAGAUGACAGGUGAAAUUGCAUUGGAAUCCAGGCAUAUACCAGAUGCACAAGGCGGUAUCAUAUGUGAAGAUAUGGGUACAGGAAAGACCUGCAUUUGCCUAGCAGCCAUUAUGGCGACCAAGGACCUGUCCAAUCCAAUGCACCAUGCGCAUACACUGAAAACCAACUAUCCAAAGCAUGCCUUGGGGGCUGUUCCUAGUCUAAAGGAGAUUGCAGCGGCAAUGAUGCUACAGCUAAGCAUCAAUUGGAAGCCUAUGAGACAGCAAUUGCCGUCAGAAGUUGUCGAUUGGUUUGAAAAGUAUCCCAUCUACUAUGAAUGGACAGAUAUACCUGCACAUUAUUACGAAAGGUCUCGCCGCAUUGAACCCAGUUUCACUACCCUCACAGUCUAUUUAUCCAAUGCUACAUUGGUUGUGGUACCGGACAACUUGGUUGCACAGUGGACAGGGGAGAUAUACAAACACAUCCAAGAUGGUCAAUUGCGAUUUUUAGUGUAUGAUGAUGUUAAACAAAAGAUCAUUGCACCCAUUCAAUUAGCCGACACUGAUUUAGUGCUGAUCAGUCAGAACAGAUUCUCGCUUGAGAACUCAAGAGGUGGUCUUGAUUUUAAAAGUAAGUUGUACGGAUACACAAUGCUAUUUCUGUAUAUGCUUACAGCAAUAGGUCAAGUGUGCCAGUGUCCUUACAUUGGCUCGACCAGAGAAAGAGCUUGUAUUUGCUCAGUGGCCAAUGUGGAAAAGUAUACCUCGCCAUUACUACAAGUCCAUUGGAAGAGAUUGAUAGUUGAUGAAGGGCAUCGAUUAUCUUCAAAAAACAGACAAUCCGAACUAUCAUCCAAGCUAUUUUCCAACUGGAAAUGGAUUUGUACAGGUACACCCACUCAAAAUUUGACUGAAUCAGCUUCUAUGAGAACCCGGCAAGAGUCGCAAAUGGACGAUUUAAACAGACUUGGGACCUUAUUCGGACAAGCAUUGAAUAUAGAACCUUUCAAAUCGAACAAGAAACUAUGGAAUAAAAUGAUCAGCAAGCCGUUUUUGGAGGGAAAGCCAUGGGCUAUCACUAAAUUAACAAGCAUCAUGGAACGUACCAUGGUCAGAAAUCAACGCAUCGAUAUGGAAAAGGAAGUAACUUUACCUCCUUUGCACCAAAACAUCGUGUAUCUCGAUUUCGAUUACUACCAGUGGGUUGCGCACAAUUGUCAAAUUGCCAUGAUCAGCCUGAAUGCCAUCUUGUCCAAAAGAGAGGGUCCCGACUAUCUAUUUACUGCAAAGAAUCAUAAAGCGUUGCGUGAGACAGUAUUCAAUCUAUGGCAAAGCUGCCUCUGGCACUCGGUGGAUCUCAAGCUAUUGCAAAUGGCGUACGAUAACUGCGUUGAAAAAUGCCUGGACGUGGAGCAAGGCGUAUCAGAUUAUGGUGAAGAGAACAAGGAUCUUGUCAGGAUUCGGCAGGUACUCUUUGAUGCAUUGAGCAACAAGAUAUUUGUGUGCAUGAUGGGUCAACAUGCUCCGUCAUACGUUGUACAGGGUCUGCCGCCUUUGUUUAAGGAAACGUGGGGCUGGCUCAAGGGAGAUCAUGGUGUCUAUGAGCCUCUGGGAACUCUGCCCUGGGACGACCAUUGUAUUGUGAGCGCACAACGUGUGUUUGAAGCCAUGGAUGUUGUUGCUGCCACCAAAAACGACGAUACCAAAGACUUGUUUGUCUACGAUGGGUCCAAUCGAACAUUGGUGAGUGUGCAAGAGUUCGAAUUAAACAAGAAAAGGAAGAAACAAGCACAGGAAAUGGCCAUGAGAAAGAACAAGUCUAAUGUGUCUGGUAAAGCGUUGCCUGGUGGUCGUAGUAGUAGUGGCGAUGUUCAAACGCCGGCGGAAGAAGCAUUGUAUAUGAAGAUGGAUGACGACAGUGACAAAAAAGACGAGCAGCACCAGCAGCAGCAAGCAGAAGGUCAACUAACCUACUAUACUCGCAACGCGUUCUCUGAUGCUCGGGUGCUGUCUAGCUCAAGUGUAAAGAUCAACUACCUGGUCAAUCAAGUAUGUAAAUAUCAAGCCACUGAAAAAUGCAUCAUCUUUUCGCAGCAUUACAAUGAAAUGUAUGAAAUCUAUCUCGCUCUAGAGCUUGCAAGAGUGCGUGUGCUCAUGUAUCAAGAUAAUAAGCUGAACAAUGCAAAACGAUCUCAAAUGAUCUUGACCUUCAACACAUCAGACAAUGCAAAUGUCAUUAUCAUGGCUGUACAAAAAGCAGCGUAUGGCAUUGAUCUGUCCGCAGCGACUCGUGUCUUCUUUGUCAGCCCUGUGUGGCAAACAGCGAUGGAACAACAAGCGAUCAAACGUGCACAUCGUAUUGGACAAACCAAGCCCGUCUAUAUUGAGACAUUGGUCAUUCAAAAUACUAUUGAAGAUGAAUUGCUGAAAAGACGAGAACAGGUCUCCAGCGGUGAAGAGGUGGAAGAAGACAGGGAAAAUCUAAAGAGAGGCGAAUUUUUUGCUGAUUCAAAGCUUCGCAACAUUUUGAACCAUGCUCGCUUUGUACCAUUGCCGAGAACUAUUUAUAAAGAUCACGAAACUGGAGAAUAUCGGCAAAAGAUUAUGCCUCUUGAUGCACCACUAGAUUUCGUACCCAAGAAACCAUCUGUAACAGCCGACACAGUAGAGGGUAUGGAUAAUACUCAAGGGGCGUCUUUGACUGAAUCGAUACAAUCGCCACUCGCUUUGUCGCCUAGUGAUAUGCGCCAGAUGUAUGAUGAAUUCGACAUUGAUGUCGAUGCAUCUGACCAAGACGAAGGACAUUCAAUACAACAGGAUGCUCACACAUUUACUGGCGCAUUCGACGUGCACGGGGACAGUCUUGAGCACAGUAGUAGCAAUAGCAGUGCAGGUCAACAAGAAGAUGAAAGCGAUAUCAUCUUAGACAUUGAAGGUGACGGUGAUAUCAUGGAUUCAAUUCCACCUUGGAAAUUGCGAUUAAUGGCCAAAGAAAAACACCAUCAAAUCAAGCCAACACUAUCGCCACCAAGCACACAAUCAAACUACAGUGGAAAGAGAAGGCACUCUCUAUCGCCACCGCUUGUUGGAGAAGACAAUUCGUCCGCACCAUAUUCAAGUCAAAAGGAGGAUAGUUUACCUGAAAAGAAGAAGAAAAAGACGGUUCGAUUUGCUUGA